AUGACCGAUGAAUUAAUAAAUCUACUGAUAACCGAAUAUAUUGAUAUAUGGACAUUUGAACAUCUAAUAAAUGAUUUACAAGCAACAGAAGAAGAAAUGAUAUACUUCGCUAAAUUAAUGAAACUUAUAAAACAAAAAAGGAACCUAUCUGGGAAAUUUGAUUAUUAUCCAUCAGUGGUGAUUGAUGAUUUUCUCUAUCAUGGUGCUAUAAAUCAUGCGAAAAAUCUCAAUUUGCUUAAAGAUCUCGAUAUUCGAUAUAUCAUUAAUACUUGUCAUGUACCAUUGGGAGAAGAAAUUAUUAAAAAUUUUAAUGUAUUAUGGAUUAAUAUGCAAGAUGAUGAAGAUGUUAAUAUCAACCAGCAUUUUGAAAAAACAAAUGAAUUUUUAUUUUCAUGUAAGGAGAAGAAAGAAAAAGUAUUAGUUCAUUGUCAAAUGGGUAUUUCUCGAUCAUCGUCCAUCGUUCUCGCUUAUCUAAUGAAAUAUCAUCAUGAUACUCUGAUGAAAGCUUACGACUUUUUACUCGAUCGUCGUCCUAUAUCAUGUCCAAAUCGUGGUUUUCUUAUACAAUUGAUUCGAUACGAGAAGGAACUACGUAAUAGUGGAGAAAUUGAUAAACAAAAAAAUAAUGAUGAUAAACAGAACCCAAUCAAAAUACUCGAUAUACCAAAUACUUCCAACAUCGAAUAG